AUGAACAACGAACAAUUCCGCCGUCUCCUGCUCGAUAACGACUCGAAGUCCCAGAACCAGAAAUCGUCGCAGUCUCCAAAAUCCCACGGCACGUCGCGAGGCAAUGCGACUCCUGCUCCUACUGUCGCUUCCUCGCUAGGAUCGCGACUCAAGUCGAGUAUCCCCAUGACCCCACGCUCAGUCGGAAACAUCGACUUCGCGCGCCAACUGUCCGACUACCACCGCGAGCAGCAGCAACCGCCGUCCAAGCGAUUCAAGUCCUCGGCCGCUCCGAAAGGCACGAAGCUCCCCUCCGGAUACGAAGACCGCGCCGCGAAGCUCCGAGCCCUGGAGGAGGCGGGCGAGGGGUCCGGAAACCAGCAGGGUGAUGGGGAAGGCAGCGGGUCGGAUCUCGAGAAACGCAUCCAGGCGCUCGAGGAGAUGGUGAAGCUAGGCCAGAUCGACCAGGCGACCUUUGAGAAGCUACGCGGCGAGAUGGGGGUGGGUGGGGACGUGGGGAGCACGCAUAUGGUGAAGGGGUUGGAUUGGGCGUUAUUGAAGAGGGUGAGGGCCGGGGAGGAUAUUAAUGCGCCGAAGGAGAAGGAGGAAGAGAAAGCGGAGGAGAACGAGGAAGACGUGGAUGAGGAGUUUGAUCGGGUGCUAGAGGAGAAAGGGGAGGGGCUUCCCUCUGCGCCGAAAGAGACGGAGCCGAAGAAGAAGAAAAAGGGGAACCUGGCGAUGGCGCCUCCAGCGGCCCCGGUGCCGAAGACGCGUGACGAGAUUCUGAGACAGCUGCGGGAGAGUCGAGAGCGCGCUCGCUCGACGCAGAUGGCACCGCCACCACCACCGGCAGAGUCCGUGCUGGGAGCACGGUUCAAGAAGGUCGGGGAUGAUGCCCCGAAGGUGGAGAAGAAACGAUGGGUGGAACAGGAUGAGAACGGUCGACGGAAGGAGAUUCUACAGAUUACGGACGCCCAGGGCAAUACGAAGAGAAAGGUGCGGUGGCUGGACAAGCCAGGCCAGUCGAACGGGGGACUGUUGGUGCCAGACAAGGAUGCAAAGCCCCUGGGCAUGGAGGUGCCGGUGGAGAUUGCGUCCAAGACCGAGGCGCCGGUCGAGGCGGAGGACGAGGACAAUGAUAUUUUCGCAGGGGUUGGGGCCGAUUACAAUCCCCUGGGGGAUCUGGACGAGGACAGCAGCUCGUCGGAUUCCGAGGAUGAGACCUCAGCGGGCGAGAAGAAGACUGAGGAGAGGGACAGUGCAGAUGCGAAACUAGUCAGAGACACGGCAGCUCCUGCCGUGGAACCGACCGAGAAACCAACGCGCCCGCGCAAUUAUUUCUCGACCUCGACGAGCGACGAGCCCGAGCCCGUUGACAGGUCGAAUCCGCUGACCAAGGACCCGACGCUGCUGGCUGCGCUGAAGCGCGCGGCCGCCCUUCGCCAGGCCUCACCGUCGGAUGAGGCCGCAGAAGGGGGAGACGGCGACGAGGGCGUCGAUUCGGACACGCUCCUCCGACGGAAGAAGUUCCUGGAAGAAGCGCGACGACGAGAAGCGCAGGAUGCGAUGGACAUGGACUUCGGAUUCGGCAGCAGUCGCAUCGAAGACGAGGAGGACGAAGAGGGGCCGACGUACGAUGAACAACGGGGCGGCAAGAAGAGGAAGCGAGGGCCCAAGAAGAAGAAGGGGGACAAGGACAGCGUGUCUGACGUGAUGCAGGUGCUCGAGGGACGAAAGAAAUAA